CGUCGAACGUUGUGGCUAUGAAUUUAAGGUCGUGCAUACUUUUGUACUGCAGCCAGCAAAUUAAACAGUUGGCAUAUCACAUCACUGCACAAGGCGCCGCGUGCAUGGUUGUCAAUACUGAGCCUAGUACGUGCCGUUCCUUGGUUGUCCUUUCAUCCCUGCGAGACGGCCGAUGAGAUCUAGACGAUUGACGAUGGGAUGAAGUUUUUCACUGAGCCCACUAAGGCAAUAUACAUGUACAUUACGUACAAGACUACAGAGUCCAACGUAUACCUCCAAUGCACAUAAUAUGCGUUGAUGUUCUGCAGGUAGCUCCAACCAUGGAGCUUUUAUAGCUCCAUGCUCCAACCUCCACUCGAGUCCAAUGGGUUUAAUAUUAAACUAUCGACACAUCACGGUGAUGAUUCGUUGUAUGGCUAGCGCCAUUUUGCCUGGUGUCCGCCCAUUGCCAGACGUUUCAACCGACUGCCUGAAGAACAGAUCGAGCAAGAUAGUUGCAAUCCCCGAUAUAGACAGACUUGCCUGAACUCUCUCACAUAUAGGAAAUUGUAGAACCAAGCAUGCCUGGCAAGAGACGUGGCAGGCGUCGAGGUAUCAGACCACGGGGAAAAAUGGCAACUAGAAAAGCAAAGAGUUCAAAUGUAGAGUCGAUCAGAGACGAAGCAACACCGGGUCCCACCAUGCCCUGCAAGAGACCGAGGUGUUGCAAGUGUAAAGGAAUCAGGCAACAGACAGAAAGGACAACUGAAGAAGCAAGGAGUUCAGCUCAAGAGACGACAAGAGAGGAAUCAAUACCGGGUCCUAGCAAGGUAAGCGGUCAAACAGGUCGUUGGGAGCUGUUUCGUGAGAUUGAAGUAAAGGAACCCAAUGGAAUUUACCGUGCUAUUGCUGCGCGUGAUGAUGAGAUUGCUGUGGUUGAGGCCAAUAGGGCAAACCGGGUUGCUAUCUUCAGCAACGAUGGCGAACAAAGAAGCACAAUACAGUUUCACAGGAAUCCAACUUGUAUUGCCUAUGACCCCAUACACAGUCGCUUGGUGGUUGGUGAGUAUGACGAUCCAAAAAUAAAGGUGUUAAACAGGAACAACACGCUGGCAUAUGCGUUCCAGACGGCGCCACCGACUGAGACUGCGGAACACCCUUCCGAACAUAAGUUGGUAGCUGUCAAGAAAGAUGGUGCAAUCCUUGUUUUUUUCAACACCAGGUGUGUGUGUACUGAACACAAACCCAGUGAUGGUGCACACAUACGCACCAUACCUGUAAAUUAUCGUCCUUACUGUAUAGCUGUGGACAGCAAGGAUCGAGUUAUAAUGAGUAGUUUCGUAGCUGGAUUAGUAGAUGUUACUGAUGGUUAUGGUGCUACACUACUUACCAUCAAACCCCAAAUAGACGGGAGUCCAGUAUUAAACUGCAUGGCUGUAUUCGCUGAUACCUCCGGUAUUUAUGUUGGAGGGAAGCGAUUUAAAUGGCCUUAUGAUGCUCAUAUUCACCACUAUGACCUAGAUGGCAGGUUUCUUGAUUGCCUGGCUCAGGGUCUGUAUAACCCAUUUGACAUGACAUUGACAUCAGAUGGAAAGCUGGCAGUGGCUGACUAUAAGUCCGUCAAGAUGUAUCGCAAGGUGUGAUGCAACAUUGUGCAUGUACUCAUUCGAAUUAACAGGUAGUUAUGUAAAUUUCACAUGAGAGUAAUCGAUCAAAGCAGUUGAGAACCCAAAAAGAAAACACGACAGUUGUCAAUAAUAUGUAAAUAGUUCAAUUUACAUAAUUAAUGUUAAAUUUAGAUUUAGAAUAAUUCUCUCUAGUUGAUCAGUAUUUAUAUUAAUAAAUCAAUCAUAGGUCGCCUUGGCGUUUAGUGAUAUAUCCUUAGAAAGCGAGGAUCAUGAAGAAUAAUUAUUUUGAAAGACAACAAAUUCGAAAAUUAAAGAAAACUGGUCAUCAAUGGAUUGAACUGUUUUCAGUGUGCAAGAACAUUCCACAUUUUAGAACUUAACCUAAAACUGUGUGUCGAUGUCAGCAAAUGAGGUUCUAUAAUUGCGAUUUAAUCUUUAAUAUUUUGAAGAUGUAGACAUUUAAUGGUGAUUUUGUUUACCAUGUUCAAAUUCGACUGGGGAACUUGAACAAAGCGGAUUUGAAAGGAAAUAAAUCGAAGCGCUAGUAGUUGGCCAAUUCGCUGUAGCAUUUGUGUUCAAACAUUGAAUAAUGGGAGAAGGUUUGACAGAAUCGUUUGAUUAACUUUAAUACACGUCGUUUCAAAAACAAUCAGAUAUCCUGUUGGUAUAUAGACACGGUGUUUCUCGAAAUUAAACCAGUGAAUAUUUACUUUGUAUAAAGCUAUGUGAAUUCCCUGAAGUUAGGGUUUAUCAAAUAGAAAAGUAUUUGGAAUAAUGAUGUGUUUUGAAAAGUUUGGAUGACUGACACGUCCUAAAAAAAUCAAUAAAUUAUUUAGUCGUUAAA